AUGUCAAUUAGUGGUAAAUCGUCUUCAAUGAAUUAUGCAGAAACAACUAUGAACGAAUUACUUGGAUUAUAUGGCUACGACGGUGUAAGUAGUAAUGAAACUGAAAGUUUGAAUUUGACUAAAUAUCGAUCACAAUCUAAAGAUAAGAAGAAGAAAACAAAGGAAAGUCCGGAUGAUGAUGUUAAAGAAGAUAAAGAAGAGAAAGAUGGUAGUGAUUGUGAUAGUGAUUUAAGUGACAAUGAGUCACUACCAGAUGAUGAAAGCGUACGAAGCAGAUGUUAUGAAAUGUAUACCCAACCAUUUGCAGAAGUGAAAAUGGCGGGAUUAUUAAUCAGACGGACACAUGCUAUAUUUUGGAGAAGUUUAUAUUUCAAAGAAAUUUAA